ACGCGCUGCCAUCUCCGCAAUCCCUCGUUCUCGGCCUCCUCAUCCUCGCGGACGGUGUGGCCUCGGCCGUGCCUGGUGGGCUGGCCUGGCCGCCCACGCAUCUGUACUGAUGGAGCUAGCAGUUCAGGGACACAGUCUCUUCUAGAUAAGUGGAACAGAUUUGAUUUGAUUUGGUCACGUCUACUUCUUGAUUGAUGGUUAUCAGUUAUCAUCAAUAAGAAAUAGCAAUGCACAGUCCCGUUGCUGUUUUAAGUUACUGCUUGUUUAAUUCCUCUUGUUUAUUUGUUUUCUUUGCAGAUGUAGUAGUCAAGCUUGAACAAUUGAUGCGUUCUGACUUCUGAGGGAGAUGUAAGGUUAAUGGCACAAGCACGUGGGGGCAUGUAACAAUUGAUGCAAUGGGACUAUUGGCACAUCAUACAGCAAUGGAUCACCUGUAUAGUGAUCACCUGUAUAGCAAUGGAAGUUUAAGAAAUGGAAAGAAUAUAUUUGUCCCAAUGUUCAGGAUGUUUAAGAAAUGGAAGUCAAUGGAGGCAUGUAAAGCGAUCACCUGUAUAGCAAUUCGCUCCCCAUAUUAUUUAUUUAUGUCAGUUGUUCAAGUUGUUUGUAGAUGGGUACAGAUCGUUUGCUAUGUUUAGUGGAACACAUCAUACAGUUUUUACUUCCAAUUCCUGAAAAUGGUUCUUAUGUUGCCAAAGUGGGACACAUUUGGAGUUGUUUACUGGCAACCUCCUGAGUCAGCUAUGAAUAAGAUUGAAAAAAUCAUCAGGGAACCAGCAAUCAAUAGAUAUAGUUCUGAUGACGGACUUCCUGAACAUCGUGAAGCACUUCUCGAAAAGGAUUUAGUGACGGAGGUCCAGAGUAUGCAGUACGUGCCUGGAGUUCGCUGGCAACACCGAGGAAGAGAGCGAGCUGGAAAGCCUCAUAGACAUGCAGCUCACGGCUCUUCGCAAGGUGUUCAGAAUACCUCACAAGCCGUUUGAUGAAACCCACGGCCCUACCUCGAAGAAGCUGCUGACUCUCUUCAGGUCAGGGAAGCUUGGCCCGUUCAUCCUCGACGACCUUCCGGAUGAGCAGUAAAUUCAAGAAUUAACCUGCCUCCACGGGCCCUUUUUGCUCUGCGCAGCUAAUGUUUUGUGAUGGAAGGGAUUAGUACGAGCUGCACGGCACAUAGCAUCCUGCAGGGAGCAACCUGUGAAUAAAAAUUACAAGUAGCCAACAGAUAUUUUCAA